GCACCCGUUUACCUCCCCCAAGUUUCCCCAGAAGCCAGCACUCCGCUGCAAUGCCCAUCUGAGGGAGGUUAUGAAAAGUAACGCAUCCUCUUAAGAUUGAUGUCUGGUUAGUGCAAUGUAAGCUCAGUAAGGACAUGUAAGGGCAGUGUGUGGCUCAGCCAGCUAAGCCUGUAUGGCUAUGGUCAGAAGGUUGCUGAUUUGAGUCUGGCCUCGGCAGUAUAGUCACGUCUAUGGGCUCUUGAGCAAGCCACUUAACCCCCAGGUCCAUAGGCAUUGCUGCAGGUGCUGCCCAUUCGCUGCCAAGCUUGCUCUCACUUUUGUAUGUGCCAGUGUGUCAUGGACAGCAAGAGGGGGUUGGCAAAAAGAGAAUUUCCCCACGGGGAUUAAUAAAGUGUCAUUAUUAUAAUCAGACGCACGUGAACGCAGCAACUGAUGUGACCUCAUCGCUAUUCAUGCGUCGUCGUUUUUGUUUUUUUAAACCCCUCCCCAUUGUUUUCACAAUGCAUCUGCAGCUCCAAAUUUAAGUUCAUAAAAUGCUGACCAAGAAGCACAUUUAUACAAAGUCAGACGAACCCCACCGUCUACUGCUUGCUGACUGCCACAAUGAAUCCAUGGGACCCCGUAUCUUAUUCUGUGACACCUGCUGCCCAGGUCUUAGCAAGAUGUGUAGCCUCGGGAGUUCUGUCUCAGGGAGAUCUCGAUGCAGUUCCCAGAGAAAAGAAUGUAUUUUCUCAUCACCUUCUGGAAGCUGAACGAGUUGUAAACAUGAACAGUGAGACUGAUAAUAAAAGACUGGAGAUUGAGCUGCUGAAGCUCGAGAAGGAGACUGCAGAUGUGACUCACAGCUUCUUUCUCAGUCAAAAGUUCACGGCCUUGCAGCAGUUCACAUCCCACCUCCAAGAGGUUCUGCGCGAACAGACAAGCCUGCGGCAGAGGCUGAUGAAGCCCUUGUGCCAGCAAAACCUGCCUGUUGAGGCCAGUCUGCACAGGUAUGUGGUGGAGCUUAUAGAUAUGGCAGUCGACUUGAUCAAAAAUUUGGAGAGCAAGAUGAGGACGACUCGGACGAUUCCCAGUAUAAAUCACAUGAUGACCAGAAUGGAUAAUGUCCUGGCACAGCUUUUGACUCAGGUUGCAGACAUACAGGAGCUGUCCAGACAAAUUCUACAGUGGAAGGACCACCAGCGCAGCGAAAUGACCAAGAAUGACUCUCAUUCCUGAAAUCAGUCAGCCUCUUCUAUGAGUCCUCUCCUGUAAAAUUGACUCAGCGCUCUUUUAAAGAUGAACGUGCCUUUUUGAAAUUUUCUUAUAGUGUGCAUUUUCCAUGAUAUACCUUGCUGUAAAUUAGUUCCUUUCAAUAAAAACUGUCGGUGAUGUAGUUGCAUAAAUAUGUAAUUAAUUGAAAAAUAAAGCCUAUUGCCUUUUGAUA